AUGGCCUCGGGGUUCUGUAAUAGAUGCACCCGUUUGCUCAGGGAAUUUGCUGCUCGUUUGAGGAGUUUUUGGAGAGAGUUGGAGUUUAAAGUCAGAGAGGUUUUCGGAUAUAUCGUCCACUGCAACUGCUUUAGGAACACGCUGGAGAGGAAGAAUCACCAGGAUCUUUCCUCAUUACACCUCAUGUGUGAAGAUGAAACUCAACUAAUCUCCACGGGAAGCUUCCAGGCGCUCAGCAGACUUGCAGGCUCAGAAAAUGCUGAUCUGCAGAUGGCAGCAGCCAUGUAUUAUUUGCACAUCAGCCACCACUUGAAAUCUACUUUAGAGCAACCCUUCAUGGAGCCAAUCAUGGCCCUGCUCUUAUCAGCUGACCUGGACGUGCAGAAGACUAUCUCUCUUGCGUUGGUGAAUCUGCUCAUAAAGAAUAAUGUGUGCAGAGAGCUGGUGAUCCAGAUGGGGAUGCUGGUGCCCGUCGUGGAGAUGUUCCAGUCUGGAGACGCUGCCGCUCAGAGUCACUCUUGUGCGUGUGUCGCCCUGCUGGCGUCCUCAGGAUCCAGCGCAGACGUCCUCCUGGUGGACGGGAUCUUCCCUCUGCUGGCUCUGGCCAAGUCCUACGACCCGGCGCUGCAGCAGAACGCGACGUGGGCUCUGCUGCACCUCACGCAGUCGGAUUGGUCCAUGAGGAUUUUGUGUCAGGCGGGGGCCGUCCCGGUCCUGGUCCUCCUGCUGCAGUCCUCGGAUUCAGAGGUUCAGUUCUACAGCUGCACGGCUCUGUGCAACGUCGCCGCCGUGCAGGAGCAUCGCCCCAAGCUGCUCGCCGUCGGGGGGCGAUAUUUGUGCAAGUCUCUUCUGACGCUCAUGUCCUCCUCCGUGCAGAAGAAUGCAGUCCAAGCGUGCAGAUGCUUGCAGACCCUUGCACAGAACGGUCUGAUCCAGGACCAGCUGAUGGAGCUCGACUGUGUUCCUCCUCUGAAGGCCCUGCUGAGAUCUUCCUCCCCGGCGGGGGUGGAGGCGGCGCUGACGCUGCUGUCUGCUCUGUCUGCUCUCCCACCGCACCAGGACGUCCUUGUGAGUGAAGGAAUUCUGGGAGAAAUGGGUCAGCUGCUCCGCCAACGCGGCUCCGGGUCCGUCGUGAUGCUCGGCUGCAGGAUCAUCACGGAGCUCUGGGGUUCCUGCCUGGCGGAGCAGGCCGUGGUGGACGGUCCCUGCUUGCCAGGACUCCUCGGGGUCCUGGAGUCUCCAUCCAUGUCAGACGAGACGCUGCUGCAGGUGAUGCUGGUCCUGCAUCACCUGCUGACCCGGGAUGCGAUCAGGACUAAAUUGUCCGCGACCGUGACUCCGGAGCAGAUCUCCAGACUCGUGCAGCUGUCUGAGCAGACCAGGAACCCGCCGCUGGCGUACAACUCUGCAGCUCUGAUCUGCAACUUUCACAUGACCGAGGAGCUGGUCCGGUCCCUGAGGCCCCACUACGCCGCGGCCUGCAGAUACUUGCUGCUCUUCCUCAGGAAGAAAGAAGUUAAAUUCCAGCAGCUCGGCAUCGCCACCAUCGUCAAGCUCAAGACAGAUGGAGACUUCUCCUCGCUGCUGGCCGGCAGCGAGCUGGAGGAUCAGAUCUGGAAGUUGCAGGUGCAGACGGAGGAGACCCGGCAGCUGCUGGAGAUGAUUCAGCCUCCCUCUCCGUCCUCCGUUAGCCCCCGACCGCCUCAGUGAACACUUCAGCUGCAUCAGGACUUUCUUUUUUACUGUGCUUUUUAAGUACCGUAUUUUCUGGACUAUAAGCCGCUACUUUUUUCAUAGGUUUUGAACCGUGCAGCUUAUACAAAGGUGCAGCUAAUCUGUGGAUUUUUCUUCCACCUCUCGGGGCGCUCUAACCGGAAUUAGAAUCAAAACUAAGACAAAAUAAAUGCAAAGAAGAAUACGCUACUUCUUCUUUAGCAGAUAGAAGUAGGUAGAAGCAGAUUU